AUGGGGCUGACAGAUCUGGGGGAAAAAAAAUGGCAGUUCAGUCCUGGCACACAGGAUUCCCCAGACAAGCUCGGAAACUUUGAUAGCGAGCGGCUGGCUAUUGCUAGACAAAGAAUUCCAUACAGACUUGGUCGGGUAGUUGAUGAAUGGCUACUCGACAAAGGACGGCAGCUGACCAUCUUUAACAGCCAGGCUGCGAUUAACAUUGGGGGUCGGGACAGGGGCCGUCCCUUCCAGGGUCAGAUCUCGGGGCUGUACUACAAUGGCCUGCAGGUCCUCAAGCUGGCCGCGGAGGGGGACCCCAAUGUGCGGGCCGAGGGGAACCUGCGGCUGGUCGGGGAGGUGCCCUCGGUCCUGACCACCGACACCACGUCCACCACCCCACUAGCUGACAUGUCCACCACAAUCAUGGAGACCACAACGACCAUGGCCACGACCACCACUAGGAGGCAGCGUUCGCCCACCAUGAGGGACAGCAUCGCUCAGGUGAGCAGGGAUAGUCUGGAUCAGAACACCGAUGACCUGCUUGUUGCCUCGGCAGAAUGCCCCAGCGAUGAUGAAGAUUUAGAGGAGUGUGAGCCAGGAACUGGUGAGUCCAUUUCAGGUGUUCUGUUUCCUUCAAGCCCUUCCUUAACCCUUGCCCCACCUCUUUGUUCCGGAUGCAGCAGCGAUUGGCGAGGGCAGUCCUGGUUUUGAUUAGCCCCGAGUCACUUGACUUUGAAUGAAAACGCAGAAACAUGUUGCAUAAUGAAUUCCAGCGAUUCCAAUUCCCCAGGCUGGACCCUCUCCU